AAUCGGUUAGGCCUAGUUAUAAUAAGCUGUUUGGUAAUUUUACUAAAAAAUUGAUAAAAAAAAAAGAAAAACAGUGAUAAAUACAUCGAUUUUUGGCAGCAACAAGUAUUGCUUUAAGAAUAAAAGCUUACGUGUAAAUUUUGGUUACAUUUAUCAAUUAUUUCUGAUUUUUUGACCUAUAUUUAAGGCAUGGAAAACCUCUCCUACGCUAAAGGAAAUAUACCAGCUGGAUACGAAAUCAAGUAUAAUACUGUGGACUAUUUCCUAGAUAGAUACGACGAAGAAGAAGGAUUAGUAACAUUAUCAAGCUAUUGGAAAAGAUUUUCAGAUAACAGGAAAGCGCAAGAAAUUUCUCAUAUUAUUCUAAUAGAGGAUGAGAAAUUGGACAAUGUUACAAAUAAUGUUAUAUUUUACAAAGAUUUAAUAAAGGAAUGUUCAGUGAAACCAAAGCUACCGAGAGUUCAAAAUGACGAAGACCUAAUUAUAUUAACAACAUCGGGAUCUGUAGGAAAACCAAAACUUGUUCAAAAGAGUCAAAGAGGCUACAUCAAUUUUUAUACGAAUAUUGCUAAAUCAGGUAGUAUCGUUUAUCAAGGAGUGGGUUUCAGUGACAGACCUUUAUCAUAUACCGGAGGUAUUGGCUAUAUAUUUUCAUUUAUGAAUGGAAUGAAGUAUAUAACAACUGAGCAUUCUUGUUCAAAUGAAAAUACUGUAACAACUAAACAUCUUGCCGACAUAAUAUCUACUGAAAACUGUACAUCUGCAGUAUUUUUUGGCUAUCUUCUGUACGAUAUGGUAAACGAUAUUGAAAGUUUUAAAAGACUUGCCAAAAGUGUUAAAGUUAUUAUUACUUCUGGUCAAGAGAUUGUUAUGCCUAUUAUUCAUCGUCUAUGGGAAACCUUUCCAGCAAUACCCAUUAUCGACGUCUAUGCCGCAACUGAAACUGGAAUGAUCUUUUCCAGAAUGAGAACAAAGGUAAAUCCUAAUCCAAUUCCUUCUUUAGCAGUUGGAGCUGAGUUAAGUAUUCGAGAUAAGAACGGAGAUGUUACUGAUAGAAAUCAAAUUGGACAAAUAUGGGUUAGAACUGUUUCGCAAAUGAAAUAUUAUUUGACUGAUCCAAUGCAAACUUCCUUAACUAUAACUACAAGCGGAUGGUUAAAAACUGCUGAUCUUGCGCUAAUUACCAACGAUGGAGAUAUUGUGUUCCAGGGCAGAAUUAACGACGUUCUAAAGAUAGCAACUUUAAAUCAAUAUCCUCAACCGAUCGAAAAUAAAAUGAACACUCAGAGAUGUAUCGAAAUAAGCAUAAUAAUUGGUCUGCCGGAUGAUAGAUUAGGAACAAUACCGUGCUUAAUAGUUGAACUGAAGAAAGAAUGGAGAGAUAAAAGAGCAGAAGCUCGAAGAGAAAUUGAGAACUUUUGGAAUGAACAUUUCAAGAAUGAUAAAGAGUCUGGUGAAGUUUUUACACUCAGCAGAUUAUUAUUUAUCAACAAAUGGCCCUUAACUUCGAGUCAAAAAAUUCUGAGAAGGGAGCUGAUAAACUUAUGCCAAAUUGGUAAAAUCUAA